UUGGGGUUAAUUGGUAAUUGGUAAUUAGCGUUAAUGGUGUUAAUUAGGACUGACGAGGUAAUUAAUGCAAUGAUCUGGAAAGGAUACAUGGGGUAAUUAAUGAAAAUAGCGUCAUUAAUAGGAGAAAUCACUGUAGAAUGGGGGGGGGGUAAUUAAUGAUUAAUGGCCAGGGAGGCGGAACUAUUGUGAAGCGCCCACAGUUCCCACCCGGAACACUGUGUCGUCGCACCGCUUUAUCGCACUUCCGUAUCUUAGCGCUUCCGGUUGCGCCGUGACGCACUUCCUGCGCGCCAUGAGGCCCGGUGCAGCGUUGGGCCGGGGGCUCCGGGGGGGGGUCGCGGCCUUUCGCCGCCUCCUCCAUUACAACGCCCCGCUCCGGGCGCCGCUCGUCCCCAUCGUCGUAGAGCAGACGGGUCGGGGUGAACGCGCCUAUGACAUCUAUUCGCGGUUACUACGGGAACGCAUCGUGUGCGUCAUGGGGCCGGUAGGUGAUGGGGUCUCAUCCUUAUUAACCCCCCUGUAUUUAACAGGGGGGGCGGUGACGUCGGGGCUGGCCAUCUACGACACCAUGCAGUACGUGCUGAACCCCGUGUGCACGUGGUGUGUGGGGCAGGCGGCCAGUAUGGGCUCACUGCUGCUGGCUGCGGGGGAGCCCGGAAUGAGGCACUCGCUGCCCAACGCACGGAUCAUGGUGCACCAGCCCUCGGGGGGGGCACGGGUACGGGAUGGGGGGGGUCUAUGGGGCUCUAUGGGGUCAGUGGGGGGG